AUUUUGUUUCCUUCAAAACUGACAUUCUAUUAACAACAUAUCCCCUCUUUUUCAAUAUGUCUGCAAAUUCACCAGUAUUCGACACCUUUUCGAAAAUGAUCCCGCCGUUCUUGCUAAACUGCGAAACCCAAGCGAUAAUAUUAGCAGGACUUUGCGGCGUCGGUGCCUGGGUAAUAUUUUCCUGGAUUUUACAAGUAAUCCUGUCGAUUUUGUGGCCUUUUUUCCUAUUCGCCGCCGUUCUAUUAGCCAUGCCAACAUGGAGACGUACUUUGGCUCAGGAGACGCUUCCCAGACAGCUGCAAAUACUUAAAGAAUGGACCAAGAAACAAGCAGCAGCUUUACAAAUGCACUUUAGCAAGGAGAAAGUCGCAGGGAAUUAAAAUGUCCCUUGUAAUGAAUAAAUUAUGCAGUUGUUUAUGUAAAAAUGUGUUUUUGGUCCUUAUUUACACUAAAAUUACCUUGGCUGUAUUCAUUUUAA